UUGAUGGGCCGGACCAGGCAUUGGUUGGGCCACCUCAGGCCCAGCUUCCAGGCAGAAGUGACGGAAACGGAACUUGAUGACGAUAACGUGCACCGAAACUGGAAGAGGAGGAAGACCGUCAUCGCCAAGAAACAAACCACCCGUCUUUCUUCAGAUUGUUUUCCUCGAUCAGAAACCCCAUCAAUCUAAAUUUCAGAACCUCAAUUCUCUCUCUCCCUCUCUCUCGAUCAUUAACAUUUUCAUUUUUUGUUUUGUGAUAAUCGUUCGAGCUUUGAUCGGGGAUACCAUUUCCGAAUCAGAAAUUUGGAGAAUUGGAAGUUCAAUCGAUGAAUACCUCGCAGUUCAUGGACAAGCAGAUCAUGGAUCUAUCAUCGGCCUCGCAGAAGAACGACUUCAUCGAUCUCAUGAACCCUCAAGAAGAACACAUCGGUGGUGGUAAGAAGGAUGAAAUCUUGCCCAACUACGAUUUCCAGCCUAUCCGACCGUUGGGUUCUUCGUUGCCUUCCAAUCUGGACGCCAACAGCGCCGGAGGAUCUAGGGCUUGGAAUUCCACUGAUUCGAUGAACCACACUACUCAUAUUAGAAAUUAUGGUUCUCUGGAUUCCAUUGAAACUGCAAAAAUUGUUCUGGAGAAAGAUCGAAAUGUCAAUGACACAUCAAUUGUUUCUGAGAUUGAUCGAGCAAUGAAGAAACAUGCAGAUAAUUUGCUACAUGUGUUGGAAGGUGUUAGUGCACGGCUAUCACAGCUGGAGACUAGAUCCCGCCACCUUGAGAAUUCUGUAGAUGAUUUGAAGGUAUCUGUUGGAAACAAUCAUGGAAACACUGAUGGAAGAAUGAGACAGUUGGAAAACAUUCUUAGAGAGGUGCAAACUGGUGUAGAGGUUUUAAGGGAUAAGCAAGAAAUAGUGGAGGCCCAGCUUCAGCUCUCAAAGCUGCAAGUGUCCAAGGCAGAGCAGCAGUCAGAAACACCAAACACAGUGCAUAUGGAUCCUGUGCAGCAGCCAGCAUCUGCUCCUCAGCAGCAAUCUCACCAACACAUUUCUACUCCUGUUCUUCUUUCACAGUCACAUCCUGCUCUUGCCCCACCAAAUACUGCUCUACCACCCCUUUCUCAACAGAAUCAUCCGCCUGCAAUUCCGCUUCCAAACCAGUUCCCCCAGAGCCAGAUUGUGUCCAUACCUCAGCGAGAGCCCUACUACCCUCCACCUGCUCAGACACAGGAAACCCCAAAUCAGCAAUAUGCACCACCACCAGCUCAGCAGCCACAGCCCCCUCCCCCAGCACUACCACAUCAGCAAUACCAACCGGCCCCCCAUCCACCAUACUCUCAGCCUCCACAGCAGCACCCAUCAUUGGCACCUGUUAAUCCUUCUCAAGUGCAACCUUCAUUGGUCCAUCAUCCUGAAGAGACACCGUAUAUUCCUUCUCCUCCAAACUACCCUCCAAGCCUUCGCCAGCCCCCAUCCCAUCCAUCCAGUGGGGCACCUCCUUCCCAACAGUUUUAUGGGGCUCCUCCUUCCCAUAUGUAUGAGCCACCGUCUAGCAGAGCCAGUUCGGGGUUUUCAACUGCAUAUGGUGGCCCGCCAUCAAUUCCAAGCGAACCAUAUUCUUUCAGUGGAUCACCUUCACAAUAUGGCAGCACCGCAAUGAAGCCACCACAAAUUUCUUCUCCUUCAGUGGCCCAAAGUGGUGGAAGCGGUUACCCACAGCUUCCUACUGCUAGAGUACUACCACAAGCACUGCCCACUGCUUCAGGGGUCGGUGGUGGUUCAGGGCCUGCAGGAACUGGGAACAGGGUUCCUAUCGAUGAUGUGGUGGACAAAGUGACCAGUAUGGGAUUCCCAAGAGAACACGUUAGGGCAACUGUGCGGAAGCUUACAGAUAAUGGCCAGUCGGUUGACUUGAAUGUAGUUCUGGAUAAGUUGAUGAAUGAUGGAGAAGUCCAGCCUCCCAAAGGUUGGUUUGGUAGGUAACAAGUAUUUCUGAGUCGUCCUCUGUAUAGAAGCAUUGAACUACUUGUUCAUGGAUUGACCUUUGGCCCGAGGAUUGCUGGUCUGGAAACUUGAUAUUAUAUACCCACAUGUUUUGCUCUCUCUCUCUCUCUCUCUCUCUCUCUCUCUCUCUCUCUCUCACUUGUGGUAUUGUGAAAUAUUUUUGUUGCCUGUUUAGCAAUGGUUUGUGACUGUCUACAUUCUGUUUCUGCAUACUGAAUAUAAUUAAAAGCAAAUUAUGAUGUGUCACAAUAGUUUAAAUUGGGAA